AUGGGUAAUCUCGGAAAAUUGUGCGCCUUAUGGCUGUUUUUGGUGAUCAAGAGUGGAUUACUAAUGGCUCAAUUCAGCACGGAUCUUUUAUAUAAAGAAACAUCAAGCGACAACCUUGCUGAUGCAGUUCAUUUUCUUCAUGAGUUCAAUCGAGAAGCAGCUGAAAUGUGUAAUCGUGUCGCUACAUCUGAAUGGAAAUUUGCAACAAAUGCAAUAGAUUUCAACCGUCGAAGAAUGAAAGAACAACAAAAUCUCGCAUCAAAGUUUGAAUGCUUAAGUUGGCGACGUGCUUCAAGAUUCGAUACUUCAAGAAUACUUGAUUCUAAUAUACGAAGACAGCUGGGUAGGAUACUCGAGCAAGGAAAAUGUGGAUUGGGAGACGACAAGUAUCUUGAAAUCACUCAUGUGAUAAAUCUAAUGAAAGAGAAUUACAAUCAAGCGAAAAUUUGUCCGUAUCGUGGAUUGUCAACCGACUCCAAUCGAUAUGGAAGCAAUGUGACAUCUUUUCAUGCAUAUUGUGAUCUCAUGCUGGAACCGGACUUGACUCAAAUUAUGGAAAGAAAUCGCAACGAGGAAGAACUGAGACAUGUUUGGAGUGAGUGGCGUGAAAAAGUUGGACCGCCAAUUAGAAACACGUUCAUGCGAUAUGUCGAUCUUUCGAAUCAAGCGGCACAACGUCAUGGAUUUCGUGACGCCGGUGAACAAAUGCGAGCUGUUUAUGAAGAUCCUGAUUUUUACUUCACUGUACAAGAUAUUUGGAUGAAGAUUCAGCCACUGUACAAGCAACUUUUCACCUUCGUUCGACGUGGAUUGUAUAAUAAAUACGGUGGAAAUGUUCUUCGCCCAGAUGGGCCAAUACCAGCACACCUUCUAGGAAAUAUGUGGGCACAAAAUUGGAGAAACGUCUUAGACAUCAUCAAGCCUUACAAGGAAACUCCAGACGCAACUAGUGAAAUGAUUAAACAAGGCUACACACCAACAAAAAUAUUUCAAGUUGCUGAAGAAUUUUUCACUUCACUUGGCCUCCCACCAAUGUCACCUGAAUUCUGGCGAAACUCAAUCAUUCAAAAGCCAAAUGACGUAUAUACACAAUGUGCAACAUCCGCAUGGGAUUUUUGCAAUUUAAUUGAUUUUCGUAUCAAACAAUGUACACAAAUUUCCGCAGAGGAUUUUAUUAACAGUCAUCAUGAAAUGACACACAUUCAUUAUUACAUGCAAUAUGCGGCCCAACCAUUUAUCUAUCGUGAAAGUCCAAACCCAGCUUUUCACGAAGCUGUUGCACAUGCCGUUGGACUUAAUGUUGGUGGACCGGUACAUCUACAAAAAAUUGGUCUUCUUCCAACACCCAUUUCAGCUUCAAGCGGAAGCUCGAUGAUUAAUAUCGAAUAUUUGUUGAACGUGGCCCUCGACAAGUUGCCUUUCAUGGCCUUUUCAUUGUCGUUGGAAAAGUGGCGAUGGUAUGUGUUUGAAAAGGGACCAGUGGGAAUGAAUUCUCGGUGGUGGGAGUUACGGUUGAGAUUUCAGGGCCUUAUUCCCCCGCUGACUCGUUUCAAUACACAUUUUGAUGCUGGCGCAAAAUAUCAUGUCAUAUCUGAUCAAGAUUACAUAAAAUAUUUUGUUGCGACUGUUCUGCAAUUUCAAAUUUAUGCUGAACUUUGUGAUGCUGCAAACCAUAUGGGACCAUUGCAUACAUGUGACUUCUAUCGUUCUCGUGAAGCGGGGCGGUUGUUAAGUGAUUUUAUGCAAAAGGGAGCUUCAAUGUCAGCAUCACAGUUGAUAAAAUUGAUUACGCGAGGAAGAAUAUCGCGAUUGUCUGCAGAUCCAUUGUUGGAGUUUUUCAGGCCACUCGAGGCAUGGCUUGAAAGUCAGAACCGUGAUGAGCCGAUAAUUGGUUGGUCGUCUAACAUGGAUGAUAUUCAGCUUUAUCAGAAUCUUGCGUUAAACAAAGCAAUUUCAUACAAUGAAGCAAGCUUUAUUUUGUAUAUAAUGUCAAUUGUGAUCACGAAGCUUAUCAUCUAAGAAAGAAGUAAAAAGCUGACGUAAAAUUACGUUUAACGAAAAGUUCAAAGAUACUUUUAAAUUCUUCCAUAAACUCUCAAAAUGAUUCAAUUUCCAUUUUCACUCAAGCUUACAAUUUUAAUAUGUCUGAGUCAUUAAAAAUUUAAUUCCAUGGCAUUCAUUGUAAAUAAUCUUAACAAAGAUUUAAAUAAGCUUUAAAUAUAUAAUAAAUAUUCUAUAUAAUCAUUUUCGUGGAAAGCUAUUUUGGUUUUAAUAUUAUCACAGACCGAAACGUCAUUAACAGA